AUGGCGCUCUCCUGUAGGCAGAUUUUGUUGAUGAUAGGUAUGCUUGUGACAGGAAGUAUCAAUACGCUGAGUAAGAAAGCACAGAACGACUGUAGAGCAUCAGGAUAUCCAGCCAACAAUGCUAAUGGUACAUCAUCGCCUCAUGAGUUUAACCAUCCAUGGUUCCAGACUCUCAUCAUGUUUAUUGGGGAGACAAUUUGCUUGAUUGGUUUUUGUGUGGUGCGUAAACGUGACAGAGAUAAGUGGAGGGCAGAGAAUCAUAUCAAUGCAGCAGAGAUGCCACACCCAAACAGAUUAAUUCAGCUGGUUGUGGCGUUCCCUACUGUGUGUGAUUUGGUGGGAACUUCCCUAGCAGGUAUUGGCUUGGUGUAUGUUGACGCCUCAGUUUGGCAGAUGUUACGAGGCUCCAUCAUCAUAUUUGCUGGAAUUUUAUCAAGGAUUUUUCUGAAGCGCCAGAUUGGUUGUAUCAAAUGGACUGGGAUGAUUUUCACCAUGGGAGGUUUGGUACUCGUAGGCUGUUCCAGUAUAUUCAAAGCAGACAGGAGCAACCAACAGGCUGGCAAUACAAUUCUAGGCAUAAUAUUGAUCAUAUCCAGUCAACUUGUUAGUGCCUCUCAGAUGAUUAUAGAGGAAAUAUUUUUAAAGAAAAGAAGUCUUCAUCCACUACAGGUUGUUGGGUUGGAAGGAAGUUACGGUGUUUUCUUCAUGUCUGUGAUAGUCCUACCAGCUAUGUACUAUAUCCCUGGUUCAGAUGUAAACAACAGUUAUGAAAACAGCCUUGAUGCUCUGUACCAGAUCGCCAAUGAGCCCCAAUUACUUGUGUUUUGUCUCCUGUAUCUGCUGUCUAUUGCCUUCUACAAUUACUUUGGACUAGCUGUCACCAAGUCUCUGACAGCGGUACAUCGUACUUUGAUUGAUGCCUGCAGAACAAUGUUAGUUUGGGGUGUUGAUCUCUUUAUCUACUAUGCCUUUGACGAGGGAUUUGGUGAACCGUUUGAUAAAACAUAUGGUUUAUUACAAGUGGAUGGUUUCUUGUUCCUUUUGAUUGGAACAGCUCUAUACAACAAUCUUGUUGAUCUUCAUUGGAUACCUUGCCUGCGUAGCUGUGUAUCACAACCAGACACUCAACCACUGAAUCACAAGGGUAACAUCCAGGAGUCCAGCGAUUCAGACAGUGAUGAUGAAUAUAACUCUGUGUCAGAGAGAACAAGACUUUUACAAGGAAAUGAUUGAAUGUUAAAAAAAUGAUACUAGUUUAGAGUUAUAGAACUUGACAAUGUUGGAUAGCACUCUAAUUGGAUCGUUACAUAUGUCAUUCAACAGUAAUGAAUUCAGUCCAAGUCAGUAAAUUUGAAUUCAUUAAACAACAAAAAGAUGUUAAAAGAUGUAUACAAAAUUGGAUUAGAUGGGAUGUCAGAAUUAACAAAAGUCAAACCAAACAGAAUGUCAAAACAGAGAGAAUGUCAGAAGUCAGGUCAGAUGGGUCGUCAAAAUUCUCAGAAGUUAGUCAAGAUAGGAUGUCAGAAUCCUCAGAAAUCAGAUUAAGACAGGUUGUCAGAAUUCUCAGAAGUUAUACAAGACAGGAUGUCAGAAUUCUCAGAAAUCGGAUUAGACAGGUUGUCAGAAUUCUCAGAAGCUAGUCAACAGGAUAUCAGUAUUCUCAAGAAUUCAGAUUAGACAGGCUGUCAGAACUCUCAGAAAUUGGGUCAGAUAAGAUGUAAGAAUUCUCAGAAGUCAGAAAGGAGAAAGGACAGUUUGUCAUAAUUAUCGGAAGUUAGAUAAGACAGGUUGUCAGAAUUCUAAUAAGUUUGACAAGAUAGGAUAUCAGAAGUCUCAGAAGUAAGAUUAGACAGGUUGUCGGCACUCUCAGAAAUUUGGUUAGACAGGAUGUCAAAAUACUCAGAAGUCAGAUAGGACAGGUUGUCAUAAUUCUCAGAAGUCAGCUUUAUAGGAUGUCAGAAUACUCGGAAUCUUAAACAGAUUUAGUCCUUUUGAAUUAUAAUUGCAUUGUGUUUAACAUGAAUUUCAUUUGCACAAUGCAGGGAUGAAAAGAAAAUCAUUUAUUGAAUACAAUGAUUGUAAGACUCUCCUGUGCUCUGAUCGGGGUACUCUAAUAUCACAAUGUUGAGGUAUAGAUGUUCAUAAUGUUGAUUUAUGAUCACCAGCAAUAUAAUAAAUUCAAUGUUCAUUCUUAUAAAUGUGCCAAAUUCCUUUGACCUGUGGUGGAAUUUAUUGUUUACAUUCCAAAAAAACUCAUUAUUAUUAUAGACAGAAUGUAUCUGUGCGUAAGUGGUUGACAUAGGUGUGUUUGACUUGAAAGUUUAUGAAACAUUAUUGGUUGAUUGGAUAAGUGAUUCAUUUUCCUAUCAGAAAAAGUCAUUGUUUUACGUGAUUUAUUUCAAGAUAUAUUUUCAUAACUUUAUUAUAUUUGCAUGACAAAAUCAUAAUUGUUUGCAGCUACUUAUAUUUACAUGUGUAUAGAACUAAACUGAAUA